AUGUCGUCGCUAAAAGAGCAGCUAGCGCAAGUGGCUGCGAGCAACGCUACGGUUGCGUUAGACCGAAAGAGAAGACAGAAGUUGCACUCGGCUUCGUUGAUCUACAACCCCAAGACGGCUGCGACCCAGGAUUAUGAUUUUAUCUUUGAUAACGCCACCAGCGCUCUGGAGGAACUGGUUGAGAUCGAUGUGCGCUUCAAGGUCUUCAGCCGUUCCUUGUUCAGUGCGUCGUCGGUGAACAUCGACAGAAACACGCAGACCAAGGAGCAAGUACGGACUCUAGACCAAGCGGUAAAUGCGUAUCUGAUGCUUGCGUCUGCAUGGUGGCAUCUGACCCCUACAUUGCAUGCGACCGAGUGGCUGGUGCGACGCUUCCAGAUCCACGUGCACAACGCGGAGAUGCUGCUACUGUCGACCCUCAACUACUACCAGUCGCCGGUAUUCAAGCGCAUUUUGAAUAUUGUGAAGCUUCCCCCUCUUUUCAGUUCGCUCGCAAACUUUGCAAAGGCCGAGAGCGUUCCGUCCAACCUCACAAUCGUGAAGCUGUUUAAUGACAUGGACUUUCUGACGCUUUACACGAGCUACGUGGGCAAAGUGGUGAAGCAGAAGGUCACUUACACCAACCAACUGCUUUUUAAUUCAUGUGCGUUCAUUAACCUAGUUGCAUUUAACUCGAAUAGCGAAGAGAAGCUAGAGCGUUUGGUUCCGAUUCUGUUAGAAGUCUGCGCAAAGCUUCUGGCCUCGCCUUCUGAUGAUUGUCAGAUGGCGGCACAUACUGUGUUGGUUGUUCUAGUCACGGCCUUGCCAUUGAAAAAGCAGAUACUGCUAGCAGCUACUGAAACCAUAUUGGCCAACCUCGCCGAUAGCGCUUCCACCAAGCGUUGUGCAUUUGUCACUGUGUGCAAGCUCUUCCAGACUCUGAAGGGCCAUGGUAACGUAGACCAACUGCCAGCUAAUAUCUACACUCUUUUUGAUUCGAAGAUAUCGAACGACUGCCUAAUUGACUUUCUCUCCAAGAAGGAGACACCAGCAGAUAAGUUUGUCACAUCAUAUGUUCGUUCUAUUGCAAGGUAUGACCAUGGCAAGCUAAAUUCUAUUGUCUCCAUUCUCAAGCAGGUAAAGCUCGAGAAGUUUGAGGUCAGACUAAUCAUAACAGACUUGAUCCACUUGUCUGAGCUACUGGAGGAUAAAUCGCAAUUGAUCCAACUUUUUGAGUUCUUUAUUUCUAUUGAUGAAGACAUGGUUUUAAGGUGCCUACAUUCGCUCAACCUGACUGGGGAAUUAUUCGAAAUCAGGCUAACUACGUCAUUGUUCUCUGCUGAAAGAAUUGAGCCGGUGAACGGGGAAGACGUGGUUAAAGGACUAGAAGCUUCGAAGGUUGCCGGUUUGGCUGGGGGAGCUCAGCCGUUCACGGAGUUUUUGAAUAAGAACUCCGCGUACAUAUGUACUAAGAACAUUUCGCUACUGGUAGAGGAUGAUGAACAAGCUUCGAAAUUACUAUCUCUUUUCGUGGAAUCGGUUGGCAAAAAGUACCAACCAGGGCUCUUCCUAUCAUCAUUUUUUACAACUUUAGAGAGCAGAAUCACCUUCCUGCUGAGAAUUAUUGUAUCCCCAGGCGCUCCAGUUGCCUUAAGGCUGAUCUCCGUCUCCAACCUAUCGAAGCUAAUACAUACUAUUGGCAAUGACACCAAUGUUUUCACGCUGGUUCCCGUUCUGAUUGUAGCACUUACGGACAUAUCGAAGAACGUUAGAGCGGCGGUCAAGAAGGUUUUACAUCAGAUUUCCAAGAGACCUUUCACUAAACGUUACUUUUUGAAUGAUAAGAUAUACGGUGAAGGCCAAAGUGUACCCAUGUUGAACCCCAAAGAGAGUGAGAGUUGGUUAAAGACUUUCUUGGAUGGUUAUCUCGUUGAGAACUAUGACAUAUCUCAGUUACUAAUACCAAAAAAGAAUGAGAAAAUGUACUUACUAUUCUGGGCUAAUCAAGCUCUUUACAUGCCGUUGCCACAGCCUAAACUAGUAUUGAUGCGUUUCCUAGCCAGGCACGAGUCUUUUUCCUCAACCUAUUCUCAACUCUGGGAGAACUUCCUAUCAUCAUAUUUGGAACAACGUCCUCAAUGGGAGCUUAAGUGCUCCAAGAAUAAGACCAACUUCUGUGAAUUUGAAUCUGUAUUGGUUUUAUUGCUAUCAAAGAAAGAAAAGAACCCAGCGGCAAUAGAAUUCCUUCUCGGCGCGCUUAAAUCACCGUUCGAGCAACUCGCCUCCAUCAUGGCCAAAAGACUCAUUGAAAUAUACCCUACACUAAAGCAACCUGUUCAAUGUCAGAUUGUUCAAGAUAUCAUUGAGUCGACAGCAUCUGCUGAUUUAUCAUACGAUUCGAUUGAGACUUUACAAUCCUUGGCGUUGAGUGCAGACGUUGUGGUCUCCGUAAUCAAACAAAAUAUGAUUAACGUUGAUGAGACUUCUAAUAUCAUAAAGAAAAGAAGAAGACGCUCUUCAGCAAGUAACAAGGCGGCCUUGCAAAAGGAGGAAGUCUCUCGAAUUGCGGAAAUCCACUUGAGGAAACUAACUAUCCUCUUGGAGGCAUUGGACAAGAUCAAGGUCCAAGGCAGCGAAGCCUUGCUAACCUCGCUUUUCGAUAUUCUUGCUGACUUGGAUACUCUGGACAACGACGGCGGUCUACCAGUGUUGUACGCUCAAGAAACCUUGGCAUCAUGUAUGCUUCAUACCAUUGACUCCUUGCGCGCUACAGGGGCCACUCCAAAACUACGAUCCGUGAGAACUGAUAUCCUGGUCGCUGCUAUUAGAGCAUCAUCAUCCCCACAAGUGCAGAACAAACUGUUAUUGGUAAUUAGCGCGUUGGCGCUGCUGAAUCCCGAAUUGGUGUUGCAUUCAAUAAUGCCCAUCUUCACAUUUAUGGGUGCUCAUUCGCUACGCCAAGAUGACGAGUUCUCUACGAUGGUUGUCGAAAAGACAGUGAAGACAGUUGUUCCUGCCUUGUUGGAAUCCGGGUCAUCCAGUAUGACUGACGAAAUUGAGUUCCUAUUGAUGAGCUUUUCUACCGCCUUCUCACAUGUGCCCAAGCAUAGACGGGUAAGGUUGUUUACCACUUUGAUUAAGACACUGCAACCUUCCUCUUCAAUUGCUCCAUUUUUGUUCUUGUUGUCCCAGCAGUUUUCCGCCAAAGUGGAAAACUUUGAAAUCGCAGAGUCUAAGUCCAUCUUGGAGUUCUCCAGAAGCUUCAUGUCCAAAUUUGCUGUCUUAGAUCAGCUCACCGGCAUUGCUGGACUUUUUGAACUAGUGAAACUCCUAUCGGAACCUGAUUUGAAAGACAAGACCUCCCCUCGGACCCUUCUAAGCAACGGUAUCUUGAAUUAUACACCAUCAGAAAUGUUCAACUAUAAAAGGAACACAUUUGAUUUCAUGGACAAGAUACUUGCUGAGGAUAACCAAGGUGGCAAUAAGGGUGAGAAUAACUUGAAACUGAAGCUUCUUUCGGCUUUAUUGGAUCCACAGACAGAGGAGCAAGUCAAGUCGGAUGUGAAAGAUCAAUUCGCCAAAGUUCUGCAACACAACCUUGUCUUUAUUAAUAAUGUCGAAGAACUGUGCAGCACGCAAGAUUUAACUGAGCAAGGGAAGUCAGAUGGCGAUGAGUCUGGCUCCGAACCGGACAAUGAUAAUCCAGUAGCGGAUAUGACGGAGAUCCUGUUCAGUUUACUCGGUCAUAUCCUUGACCUCCUCCCUAUAUCGACAUUUGUUGAAUCUAUAUUGCCAUUGCUUGGCAAGGACACCGAGGAUAUCAUUAGAAAACAUCUCACUCUGGUUAUUGGGACCAAGUUCGAAAGUGAGCCAAACUCAUCCGCCACUUAUGCCAACAUGACUGCGUCCUCGUUACUUGCUAUUGUAACGGAUGAAGCAGAGGCACCGGGCGUUGUGCAGGCAGCAUUGAAUACUACCUCCACCCUGGUGAGUAAGUUUGGUGAUAGGCUGGACGCUAGUACCCUGACUGAAUGCCUGAAGAUCGGAGUCCAAAAAUUGAAUUCUUCGAGCACCGAUAUUGUGGUUUCUGCUCUCGCUGUGCUAACAAACACCGUCCAUGUCCUGGGUGUCAAGUCCAUCGGCUUCUACGCCAAAAUUGUUCCAAGGGCCCUCGCUAUCUUUGACUCUGUGCAGGAUACCAAAUCCGACCUGAGGAAGGAAGUCCAGUUAUCUGUGGUAUUACUCUUUGCGGCUAUGAUGAAGCGCAUUCCAUCGUUCUUGCAGUCUAACCUCAAAGAUGUCAUGCGCGCGAUCUUCUUUGCGGAUGAAGUCCAGAACUCCAUUAGUUUGUACGUGAUUUCCCUUCUAGUGCAGCAGCUAGACUUGAAAGAGGUCCUGAAAACGCUCUAUAGGAUAUGGACUACUGAUAUCAGCAAAACAGGUAAUUCGGUAGCAGUGUCACUCUUCCUGACCACGUUGGAGUCCACCGUCGAGGCCAUUGACAAAAAGUCCGCGACUUCUCAGUCGCCAACCUUCUUCAAGCUGCUAUUGGCCAUGUUUGAGUAUCGGUCCGUCAGCACUUUCGAUAAUAACACCAUCAGUCGUAUUGAGGCUUCAGUCCACCAGAUUGCAAACAUAUAUGUGUUGAAGCUCAAUGACAAGAUCUUCCGUCCGUUGUUUGCACUCACGGUGCGCUGGGCAUUCGACGGAGAGAGUGUCUCGAACCUCCAGAUAACCAAGGUCGAGCGCCUCACUGCCUUCUUCAAGUUCUUCAACAAGCUACAGGAGAGUCUGAAGUCCAUCAUCACCUCCUACUUCACCUAUCUACUAGAGCCUACCAACGCCCUGCUCAACGACUUCCAUUCCGGUGCGGUCUCGGACACAAACCUACGCCGCCUCACGCUCACCGCGCUCACCGCAUCCUUCAAGUACGACCGCGACGAGUACUGGAAGUCCACUGCCCGCUUCGAGCUCCUUGCCGAAAGCCUCGUCAACCAGCUGGCCAACAUAGAGGAUUCGAUCGGCAAGUACCUGGUAAAGGCAAUCGCAGCGCUGGCUUCCAACAAUGCAGGUGUCGAUGAGCACAGCAAGCUGCUGCAUCGCGCCCUAGUCGAGCACAUGAAGGCCUCCUGUGCCACUUCGCAGAAGCUGUGGGCUGUUAAAGCCACGAAGCUGAUAUAUGCAAAGGUUGGUGAGCAUUGGCUGGUUCUACUGCCGCAAUUGGUCCCAGUCAUUGCAGAAUUACUGGAAGACGACGACGAGGAAGUCGAACAAGAGGUCAGAACAGGCCUAGUAAAGGUCGUGGAAACCGUCCUUGGCGAGCCGUUCGAUAGAUAUUUGACAUGA